AUGGACGGACUGUGGAACAUUUGCGAAUGGUUCGAGCUCAUGGCAGAUUUCUUGCUGCCUGGCUUGACCAUCAUGCUGCUUCCCGAUUCCCGUCUGAUCAUCAUCAUGAACCUUGGAACGAUAUCAAUGACUCCGACGACUCUUCAUCGAUUGCCGUUCGAACCGUUCAUCAAGUUCGUGGCGGUGAGGGUACCCGCUACUUUCCUGUAUAGCAGUCGGGCCGUAGGUGUUUUCUUCCAUGUUCAUUGGACAGCUGCUAGAUUCAUCCUGGUAAGUAUGGUGGAGUCAGGGUUGGCCAGUUCUGGAAUUUCUGAAUCACGUCGAAUGUCGGCUGUAGAUAUUUCUGGACGACUUCCCAUGUCUGCUGUAUGCGGCUUUCCGGGUCUCUGUCUGCAUCGUCAAAUUAAUGGUCGUCGUCUUCUGGCAUAUAAGUCAGACUUCGCUGCCUCUCACGAUCACCCGGUGAUGGAAAUCAUUCGUACCUCACAAUCAGCACUCGGAAUUCGUGAAGACAUCCCAAACAUCUUUCACACUUCAUUAUCCCACCCAUUCCUGGCCUUUCUGAAUUCCGAACUGCUUGAGAUUCGGCGAGCAGUCGUCGACACAGCUGACCUAGGAUCAUCAUCGGAUUUUGAACAUCUGGUCGACAAGUUUAUCGAUCGCAUCGGCAUUGAAUUGUACAGGAAAAUCCACCCCAAGAAUUGUAACGACCCGGACUGCGAAGAGGCUCACGAAGGUGCUCAGUCCUGGCCCUUUUCGGAGCCAAAUCCCAUCAGUGCCCGCUCUUUACUUCUGGUUGACGCCAAGACUAAUACGCUGGGAGGCGCUUAUCCAAAGAAUCUGUUCUGGUCAGUCAAGACUCACGAGAAGAACUCAAGUUUCUCUGCUGAUCUGUUCGACAGGAUUCGACUCGAAUUGCGUCAAUUGAUCUACAGCGAGUUCAAUCUUGGGCUUGUGUACGACAGGAUCGAGCCAAAAGAGCGUCAGGCUCCUGCUGUGAGGGACAUCGACAGCGACCACGAGAAAGAAGAUACGCUUGACAGUUCUCGUGUCAGUAGCAGCGAUAAGAGCGAACAUAGCACCGCCAUGCAAGCAACCUUCCAGCGGACGAUCGCGGAUGGUAGGCGUGUGAACAUCGAAAGGGACGUUGGUCCUCAGCAGCAAUCAGUCACGAGGAAUUCAGGAGCUGUGCACAGUCAGCGGUACACCGGGUCUGCUUUUGCCGCCACAGUCCAGUUCUCCGCCCGCGGGUUUGCCUCCUCCUGCUUUCUCACCACAGGUAUGUCCCAUGGCUUGGGCAUCGCGGAACAGUACGACCAUUUCCCAGACCACGCUCGAUCCAAUGGCGAGCGCGACUCAGCUGCGAUGCUCACAGAAGCGAAGGCAAAUCCCAAGACCGAGUCGACGCUUGGCCGUGGGAAAGCAGGAGGCUCAGCGGAAAUAAUCGACCUCACUGAUGAUGACCCAAUUGAGCCGCGCAUAGCUCCAGCGCAAGCAUCGACGUUCGUCACUCCAUUGGAAGACAAUCGUCACAUCAAACAAGAGGCAGACGAAGUUCAAGCCGGUGACUCCACAUCAGAGCCAUCACGAAUGGCCAACUUGGGAUAUCAGUCGAAGAAGGAAGGUAAACGUCCCGCCGAAAGCGCUGGUGAACGACACUCAAAGCGAUCCAAGACUGUAGCCAAAAUCGACUCCACGAGUCUCGACCAGGAUGACGACGAGGAGAUCAUCGACAGCAAGCCUCAGAAUUCCGGAUCAGAGCCUCCAACUGAGUCUCUCCGAUCAUAUGCAGCGUCUGGUCGAGAUGAGUUCAAUGGCUCGUAUUCGGAAGACAGCGCACGCAAGGAUAUUCCGGAGCCCACGCCUAGAGUUCACGGGCAGGUGAGCGGUCCGUCUGCUCCGAACGAACCUGCUCCAUCAAAUUUACUUUCCUUGACUGCGCCAAGCGAAAACGAAGGAGUAGUGCCACUACCACGCACAGCCCCACCAGUCAGUGAUUCAGACAAUAAGACGAUAGAACGAGCGAUAUCGUCAACUCCGUCGAAUAAUAGCCCAGUCGCAACAUCCGAUCCCUUCGAAGGCGUUGUGGCCAAGGCGUAUUUCCAAGUUGACUAUCCGGAUGUAGUCUAUCUGGCGGGAUGCACGGCAGCAGCCGACUUGUUUGCUCAACUCGAAGAGAUCCAGAAAUCACACCAUAAGCUCAGCAAAAUUGGAUCCGCGGAGCCGUUCAGGAUCGGGCACUCCAGGCAUGUCAAUCGUGGACUUGGGGCUUUGAUGAAGGCUGUGGAGAAGAAGGGUGAUGAUGAGCAGUACAUGAUGACUGAUGAUGAUGAUGAUGAUGAACGAUUCUCCAGGUGCCGAGUUUCAGAGUGCUGCGACAUGGACAUGGGUGGCCAAAUUGCCGUAGCCUGGGAUAGAUUGAUUACAUCCUCUUUCGAGAAGCAAAUGCUAGCGUCUGCCGCCCGAGGCUCGAGGCUUUUCUAUAGGAUCUUCAGCGACCUCACUUCUGGACUGCGGCAUUGCACAUGUGCCUCACGUUCUAUCGGUAGUAUGCAUAGACCUCCAAAGCUGGUGGUCCCUUGUGGCCCGAUCAUGCCACGCUUCGAUCGUAUCACGGCGGCCACGCCAGCAGGAUAUGCCCCGUCAAGCGUAACACGUCUCCCUGCCCGGAAGGCGACGGCGAUGCUUUCGAAAGGCAGGAGUGUCAGUCCGGAGGCAAUCGACUUCACGGCGGGCGAGGCUAUUCGAGAAUCCACUCCGGUUAUUCGAGAAUCUACGGACCCAGGGCCGCUCCGAAUAUCGUAUGGUGACUUCUGA